UAUAUCUCUGGUUACCGUCACUAAUUAUAACCUAACUUUUUGUUUGUUGUUAAUAAUUGUCAAAUCAUUCAAAAUGCUGUUCGGUGAAAUUGUGGAGCCGGGGACAAGGGCUUUAAUAUUCGAUGAUGACGAAUUCCCCGAAUAUAAAUCCAUUGAACCAGAAUGGAAGGGAAAAAUCACAAAUGAAAUUGAAACAUUGCUUUUUGUGGAAAGUGAAAAAAUUUUAACGCUCGUAAAAAAGUUUGUAAUCGCCUCCAAAACUCCCACAUUAUCUUUAGUGAAUGGAGGUAUAAAUUUCUUUGAGGUUUCACAAAAUAAAUAUGUUGUUUUAUGUGAAGACAACAAAAACUACUGUUCUGGAGAGCUUAUUACUAUUUUAAAGGACUACAUUUUAAAGGCAAAGUUUUUAUAUUCAAUGACAUCUAAGGCAAUUGUAUCAUAUGAAAAUCCUGACCUAACUAAUAGGUCCGACACACUUAUUAAAUGUCUAUCAACAAAUGAAGCAAAUACAUAUGGAUACACUAAAUUAGAAUCACCAAAUAUUAUCACAGGAUUGGGGGCAAAUAUUUUGUCAUAUUCUGUACACACAAAUUUACAGUGUUCUUUAUUUAAUGCAUACAUGGAUAAUUCUCCAUUAGAUUCAAGGAAUUCUACACCUAUUUUAAAUCUUAUUGGCAAGCUAGGUUUUACUGUUUUGCCAUGUGAUUUGAAAAUGAAUGCACCAGCUCAUAAUCUUUAUAUGUAAAUAAAGUUUUAUACAUUUUA